AUGGCAAAGGUAAAGAGAAAGUAUGCAGUAGAUUCUGAUAGCGAAGAAGAGUUUAAAGCAAGCAAAUUUGUGGAUGUAGAGGCCUCUGAGAAUGAGCCGUCUGAUGAUGGAAGCAUGAAUUCCUUUAUCAAUGAGCUAGCAGAAGACGUAGAGGCAGCAGAGGAGGAAGGCCCAGAGAUAGAAGCAUCCACUGCAGAAGGGCAGGAGAGUAUGGAGGAAAGUGAAGAAGAGGGAAAUCUUGAUGACUUUGAAGAGUACACAAAAACUGUGGAAGAGAGGUACAAGAACAUAGACUCCAUGGAGGUUGAGGUAACACCGCAGCAGCUGCUUCUGCCGAAUGACAAGUCACCAAAGCUGUGGCUGAUCAGGUGUGCGCCUGCAAAGGAGAAGCAAAUUGUGCUCUCUGUUCUACGGAAGGCCUUCGCCAACAAGAUAAAUAUAACUGCAGUUCUGACAAAUGAAAUAGUAAAGGGAUACAUAUACAUAGAGGCGUACCAGAAACAGGCUGUUCUGCAGGCAAUAGACGGGAUAUUUGGGGCAUUUAAAACGAAUAUCACACAGAUCCCAAACAAGGAGAUGGCAGAUGUGCUGUACAUACCAGAGCUAGACCCAGUGAUAUACAAAGAGGGAAACUAUCUCCGAGUGAUAAAGGGAGCGCACUCUGGGGAAAUAGCACAAAUAGAUUCGCUUGGGACAGGAAAGGACAAAAUCUCUGUAAAGCUGGUCCCAAAGAUAAAUGACAAGCACAAGCUGUUUAACCCAAAUGACUUCAACAAGUCGGAGAUAUACAAGAUGUCAAGUAGCACAUGGGUCUAUAAAAAGGAAAUGUACAAAGACGGGUAUUUGCUGAAAAGCAUCCCGGUUGUCUAUCUAGCAGCAAGUCCAGCAAUUACAGGAGAGGAAAAAAGGUGGUUCUCUACUGCAGAGAACAAAAAGACAUCAGGCUCGCACUUUGUAAAAGACGAAAUUGUAGAGGUUAUGUUUGGAGGACUGAAGGGAGCUGUUGGAAAAGUGCUUGUUGUAGAAGAAGAGAACGUAACGAUAAAGAUAGGAGAUAAGAAGAUUGUUGUUGCACGAGAUGAAAUACAGAAGAAGUAUGCGAUUGGGGAUGAAGUUCUGGUGGUCUCCGGAAGAAAGAGAGGAAAGUGUGGAUUUGUAGUGGGAAUAUCAGAUAAUAAGCUUAUGAUAGGAAUAAACAACUUUACAGAAGAAAUUGAGGCAGAGAUAGAGGAGGUUGUUCUGAGCUCAGUACCAGAUGCACAGCAGGAAAGACCAAAGACCCAAGGAAAGAUCCCAUCGCGCGGUAAGAGAGACCCACUUGUAGAUAGACAGGGAGAAAUAACAGCAGGAGAGUACAAAGGGAAGCGUGGAACCAUUAAGGAUGUUCUGCCUGCCUCCUACAGGAUACAGCUUAUAACCACGCUGAAGUGCAUAACAGUCAAGAAAACAGACUUUGAAAUUCACAGAAGAAAUGCAACCCCGUCCAUGCGAGAAACUAAUGAGUCUGAGAAGGAAGAGAUGCUCAAUAGCAUGGCAGUGCCAGCUUACUCUGACUCUUCAGAUGAAGAGGACAACAGCACAACGCCAGCACAAGACGAAGGAACCCCCUUGAUAGAGUCUGAAGUGUACAGUCCUACAAAGCAAAUUAACUCCUUUGACUCUGAUGAGUAG